AUGGCUCGUUCGGUGGCAUUGUCGUUCACACAAAGCACGACGUUGGCACCCAACGGCGUCGUAGUGGCUGGCGGGCUGAGUCAGUCGGCAUACGCUGAUCAGCGCGGCGGUGAAUCCACGACGACGUUGUCCUUGAACCACAUCGCAGUGCGAUGCGAAGCGAAAUCGCCGCGCAUUGUUUAUCGUGCACGACGACAUGCGCGUCUCGCGCGCGCCUUAUCGUAG